CAUAUAUAUUAUUUUUUUUUUCCCUCCCUUUUUCUUUUGGAUAAAAAUCAACAGAAAGGAGAAAGAGUGUGUGUGAGAGAGAGAGAAUUGGAAAUAUAACGAAAGAAAAGAAAUUACAACAUGUUUUGGCGAUUUGGAUUUAACAAUUCGACUUUGGAUACUCUAUUAGACAGAGAAGAUGUAACACUGGAAGAAGUCAUGGAGGAGGAGGAUUUACUUCAAGAAGCGAAAUCACUCAACCAAAAACUCGUUCUAUUUUUAAGUCAGCCCGAAAACGUAAAGACCUUAUUAAACUACAUUACAGCUACAGAUUUAGAUGAAACAAAACGAUUCAAGUAUCCUUUUCUUGCGAGUGAAAUCAUUGCUUGUGAGAUUCAACAAAUGAUUGACGCUAUUGUGAUUGAACACAAGGAAGAACUUUUAGUACCAUUUUGGUCUUAUUUGGAUCGACCUGCGUAUCCUAAAAGACGUGCGUCGGAUACUUUAGAUGAGAAAAAACAAGAGAUUGGUUUAGAUUCAUUACAAGCUUCUUACUUUUGCAAAACCAUCGGUGUCUUGUUAUCAAAAUACCCUAUCGAGAUGAUGACAUUUAUUCAAUCAGACCCUGAAAACUUGAACAAAAUAUUGUCUCAUUUACAAACUUCUGCUAUUAUGGAUUUACUAUUAACGUUGGUUCGUAUGGAAGAAUUGCCAGAAGGAAAAGGUGUUGUCAAGUGGUUAAGUGAUCAUGGCUUACUUGAAAAUUUAGUAGAAAGGCUCGAUCCUUAUCUGGAUAGUGAGGAGCACUCCAUUGCCCAACAAUGUAUUUGUGAAAUCAUUCGCAUGUCACAAACUAGUCUACCUGAAUCACCCAGUAUUGGCAUCAAUGAAUUAAUCAUCGAAUUAAAGAGUGAAUCCACCAUGCAAAAGUUGGCUAAAUUCAUGCUCGAUCCUGAUGCGCCUAAUGCAACUUCCACCUUGAUUAACGGCGUUUCCAUCAUCAUUGAUAUCAUUCGACAUAAUAAUAGUGAUUUGGAAAGUGAUCCAUCGGGCGCAGGUUUAUAUGAAUACCAGCAACAACAACAGCAACAACAGCAGCAGAUUCGAAAUGCAUCAGUAUCUUUAGCCGAUAUGUUAAAAGUCAUGGGAGAUCAUGUUGCCGAAUUCACCCAUUUAUUAUUAAAACCUCGAUCCGUCAAUGGACCUAUUCGUACCACGUUAGGCGAAUUAGAACCAUUAGGAUUUGAACGAUUAAAGAUUUGUGAACUCUUUGCUGAAUUGUUACAUUGUUCCAACAUGUCCAAUUUAAAUCAUUUCUCCAUGACAAUGACAGAGGAAGCUCAAUUAAACACAGAGGAAGAGAAAAAACCUGCACAAGAGGACAGGAAGGAGGAGGAGGAGGAACUUUCGGUGGGUGAUUAUCUUAAAUCGAAAUUUGUGAAUAAUAAGGCCAUGCCAAUCUGUGUUGAUUUAUUCUUUUCAUUCCCUUGGAACAACUUUUUGCAUUAUGUUAUCUACGAUAUGCUUCAUCAAGUAUUUAAUGGACGUAUGGAUGUUGGUUUAAAUCGCAGUCUUGCUAUUUCUAUUCUCAAAGAUGGUAAAUUAACCGAUAAAAUCGUACAAGCACAAAAAUCCAACGAUCUUGAAUGUGCUAAACCAAAGGGAAUGCGUGCUGGAUACAUGGGUCAUUUAACAUUUAUCUCUGACGAAAUUAUGAAAUUAUUUGAAGGAUACCCUGAAACCAUUGUAUUAGCUAUUAAGGACGACAUUGAUUUAGAAGGUUGGUACGCUUAUUGCAACGGCGAAUUAAAAGAGACAAAGGAUAGAGAUCAGUUGCCUUUGGGUGGACUACGACCCAAUGAUGAAAUGGACGUACCUCAAAGCGAUGAAGAGGACGAUGAUGAUGCACUGGAAGGUGUUGCAGCCAGUCAAUACUCUCGUUUCUUGGCUCAACGUGGUGAGGAAGGUACGUUUGAUGACGAGGAUGAAGAUGAAAAUGAUCAUUGGAUUACAGGUCGAGAUGAUUUCGGUCGAGAUUAUAAUUAUAACAAUGGUACUUUUACCACAGCAACAAACGAUAAGAAUGGAUCACGGGAGACACAAGAAGCUGCCGCUGGUGGUGGUGGUGAGGAGGAGGAGGAGGAGGAUUAUGAUGAGGAUGAGGAUGAGAAUAAUCAUGUGACACCAGAUUGGACACGCAACUUUUCGAAAUUCGCACAACCCACGACAACACUUCGUCGUAUUCCUAGUCAUACAAUGAAUAAUGAGGAUGAGGAGGAUUAUGACGGUGAGGAAUUUGAUCAUCUGGCAGAUCCUGAGGAAUUAGAAAGAAGAGCUGCGUUUCGAAGAGCUCCUUAUAAGGUAGUCGGGAGCGAUCACAAUAAAAAAGAAAGUGACGAUGACGGAGAUGACGAUGAAUUUGGUGAUUUUGAGAGCGCAACCGAUGAUGGAGGACAUUCACAACAAGAUGUAUUGUCUAGUCCAAUGGAAAGUUUAAAUGUAAAUAAAUCCUCUUCUUUGUCACCAACAACGGCAACAGCAGCAACAGCUGCAACAACAACAACGCAGGAUGAUGGUCACCUAGUAAGAGCCGUAAAGACAAAGGAAGAAGAAGAAUAUCUGAAACAAAAGAAAGAUUAUCAACAUGAUGUGGAUGAAGAACAAGAAGGUGAAGUCUAACACUUUUUGCACACAUCUAAUUCCUGUUUUUUUUUUCUUAUACUCUUUUUUUUUUUUCGUAUUAUUAUCUCCCCCCCCCCCUCUCUGACACACACACACUUGUUUAUUAUCACUUUUUUUUUAAUCUUUUUAUUAUAUCACCAUUUUUUUUUUUAAGAAUAAUAUAAUGUUUGUAAUUCUUUUUUUUAAAAAAAU